GGAGACUGUAUCACCUGACCAGGAGCCAGGAGGGGCAAUGGCGGCGCCCAUGCUGCGCUGGUGGUGUCUUGGAAGGCGUUGGCUUUUAGCCUGCAUUGACGGCGGUUCUCGCCACGGAAGAGGGGCUGCAAUUGGGUUCACGUCCAGCAGGAAAGGGGGACAGACCUCCGUGGCUCAGCAGCCCCUCAUCACCUCCCAGAAGUCAAGAAAAGGUGAACAUGAAUGGGCAGCUGUGGUAGGUUUGGAAAUUCAUGCCCAGAUCUCUUCCAAUUCUAAACUCUUCUCUGGAUCUCGAGUCCACUUUGCAGCACCUCCAAAUUCUUUGGUAUCUUUCUUUGAUGCAUCUCUGCCUGGAACUCUGCCGGUUCUCAACAGGAGGUGCGUAGAAGCGGCCGUGAUGACAGGCCUGGCACUGAACUGCCGCAUCAACAAGAAGUCCUUGUUUGACAGGAAGCACUACUUCUAUGCAGACCUCCCUGCGGGCUACCAGAUUACCCAGCAGAGGCUCCCGAUUGCUGUGAAUGGGAGCUUAGCGUACAGUGUGUGUGUGGGGAAGAAGCCGAGUCGGGUGAUCACCAAGACUGUGAGGAUCAAGCAGAUCCAGCUGGAGCAAGACAGUGGCAAAAGCCUCCAUGAUGAGCUGCGGUCUCAGACGCUCAUCGAUUUGAACAGGGCAGGAGUUGGACUUCUGGAAGUGGUGCUGGAGCCGGACAUGUCCUGUGGAGAAGAGGCUGCAACAGCCGUCAGGGAGCUGCAACUGAUACUUCAGGCCCUGGGGACCAGCCAGGCAAAUAUGGCAGAGGGCCAGUUGAGAGUGGAUGCCAAUGUAUCUGUGCACCAUCCUGGAGAGCCUCUGGGGGUUCGAACCGAAGUGAAGAAUCUCAGCAGUGCCAAGUUCUUGGCCAAAGCAAUAGACUCUGAAAUUGAGAGACAAAUCCAUGAACUUGAGAAUGGACGUGAAAUUCUGAAUGAAACACGCUCGUUUGACUACAAGCUGGGGUGCACCAUGCCAAUGAGAGACAAAGAAGGAAAACAAGACUACAGGUUUAUGCCCGAACCCAACCUGCCUCCCCUGCUGCUCUUUGACACCGAGUCUCUGCCUCCAGGCGUGGACCCACAGCAAGUGAUCAACAUUGACUGGAUUCGGGAGCAACUCCCUGAGCUCCCCAGUGAGACCCGGGAGAGGCUCAUUCAACAGUAUGGCAUUUUGCCAGAACACAGCUUUGCCUUACUGAAUGAAGUUGGCCUACUGGAGUUCUUCCAAAAUGUGAUAAAAGAAACUAGGGCAGAGCCAAAAAAAGUAACUAGUUGGGUCCUCAACAUUUUUCUGGGUUUUUUAAAGCAACAGAACCUUGCUGUCAAUGAGAGUCCCGUGACACCUUCCGCACUGGCUGAGCUACUCAACCUGCUGGACCGAAAAGCCAUCUCUUCCACAGCAGCUAAACAGGUGUUUGAGGAACUGUGGCGCAGUGAAGGGAAGACUCCCUCACAGAUUGUUUCAGAAAAGCAGCUUGAACUGAUGCAGGAUCAAGAGGCGCUGGAACAGGCCUGCCACACUGUGAUGGAGGGGCACCCUCAAGUGAAUAAUAUCCACCCACCUAUCAGCUUGCCGGGGACACUAACAGCUCUGAAAAGAGCUCUCGAUAAGGUAAUGGACGUGAAGAGGGGGAACCCCAGAGCUAUAAACAAACUGAUUGGGUUGGUCCGAAAAGCAACUCUCAGCCGAGCAGACCCAACUGCGAUAAAGGAGAUCCUGGAGAGGAAGCUGUCGCCAUGAGCCGUCCCAGGUCCCUCUGUGCCCGAGGGAGAGCAGGGCGACCGUGACUGAGAACCGGAGCCCAUGACACGUGCCAUCCAGUGGCUGGACAUGCCGGUGCCUCCCACGCCCCAGCCACGGACUGCCACCUGCACAGACAGCCCGGCUGCUCUUGGACAUCAGACUGGUUCCAGCUGCGUUGGUGGUAAAGAAACAGCACAUUUGUAGUGCUCAGUGAUGCGGAACUAAGUGAGACCCGGUUUCGGAGGCUGUCACCGUUCUAAGAGAACUUUUCAUCCAUUGGCAUGCAGUAUUUUAGACCUGAGAGCAGAGGAGUGGAGUGAAAAACCACCACAGAAUUGACACGUUGUGAACACACGUCAGUCUCAGGAGGCCUCCUGCGGACCGGAAGGAGAGUGUUAGUCUUCCUUACAUUCCCUCAUCCGAGGACUAAAAGUGACGUGGCCCGUUGAGCUCCCUAGGGAUCCUGGAAGGUAGAGGUCUGAGAAUUAAGUGAAAAAUUUUUUGAAAAAAAGAACAAAAAACAAGUUUUCAAAUAAGUUUAAUGAAUAAAAUAUAUACUGGAAUAUCACAUAAAAAAUUAACUUACACUUCAAAGAUUGUGCAGUUGACAACUCCCUCUCCCCCCACCCAGGCCAAAGAAAGAUAAAAAGGGGGGAAAAAAGCUGAAACAUUGAUUUGUUUUGCCUGGGAAGAAUAAGAUUAUAAGCUAGUACAUCAGAAUCUUGACCUUAAACAGUAAUUGUGAUGCCAUUAACAACAUCUUCAUGAAGGGUGGGCCGCCUUCACCCCGGUGCUUGGGACAGGAAUGCACUUCUCUCUCCUGCACCGGAGCGCCCCUUUGCGCCCUGAGUGCCUCUGUCCCCUCUGACUCCCCACACGUAAGGACCGGUUUCUCAAAGGCUGCUUUUAAAAAGCACAUGUCAAACUGGCAUCA